GUUACCUGCUACUAUUGUGGUGGAGCUGGUCAUACGGCGGCAGUAUGUGCAUCAAAGCCUGGGGAAGGAAGCUCAUCGAAGAACAAUACAAUGAAAUCAAUGGACAUGUUAGAUCAAAGCAGAAAAGUGGUAGGGAGGAUUCACGAACCAUGGGCAGUAAGAUAUUGGAUAGAAGUAAUAAAACCGCCACCAGUAGUAGUCUGUUGGCUGAGAAAUUAUGUGCCGCUGUUCCCAAGAGAAGUGUGGAGUCUGAUUCAGAACGAAGUUCCAAGGCCCUACGAUUUGGCGAAGGAUCAGGAAGUAUGGUUAGAAAGGGAGAUUCUUCGAUUGGAGAAACUGGGGGCAAUAGUGAAAGUUGGCAUAACAGGUUCCCGCCCAACUAAGUUAGAAGAAACAAAAGCCGGUUUGAAGGCAUUGUCGAGAGUAAAUUGGACAAUGGCCAGAAAACUAGCAAGUGUCACGGGCAAG